AUUGUUCCACGAAAGUUCGUAGCAGAAAGUGAAAAGGUUGAUCAAUUUAUUCCAAUUUGGUGUAUCCGUUCUCCUUUUGAAAGAAAUAUUUCUUCGUAAAGUGCAAAACAUUUAUUUUUCUAAAGUGAUCAUAUAUAGUGAAUUAAAUUCAUGGUGGGAUCCUAUUGUGUUGGUGGCAGAGUGUUAAUGGUCCAGUGUGCUUAUGCUGUAUGAGUGGCUUUUUCCUCUAUCAAUUUUGCAUUUCUCAACGCACACACAGUGAAGAAAAGAAGAAGUGAGAUUACUCCCCAGAUUCAGCUGAGAUCCCAGGCAUAGUCAAUGAAUCCAGCUGAACUCAACUAUCAACCAGUCAGUACGUUUGAGUCGACCGACCGAGAAUUCUCCAAGACUGAGAAGUUCAUCAUGGAGAAAGGAAAGUCCUACAGGCAAUUCUUGGCUGGUGUUGUUGUAAAUAUCGCGAGUUUGGCUUUGGGAACAACCCUAGGAUGGACAUCUCCUGUAUUCCCAAAAAUAAAUUACAGCAAUGAUACUGCUGUGCCUGAUACUCCGUUGGAAGGACUUCCAACAGCUGAUGAAUUAUCAUGGAUUGGAUCUCUUGUUGCUCUUGGAGCUCUUAUUGCGCCCUUUAUUGCGGGUCCACUGGCGGAUAAGAUUGGCAGGAAAUGGACACUACUGUCCAGUACUGGCUUUUUCGCAAUAUCCUGGAUACUCCUUGUAACAACCAAUAACAUUCCACAGAUGUACGUUGCUCGUCUCUUCCAGGGUUUCGGUGUUGGUUUCGUGAUGACCGUUCAAACGAUGUACAUCGGAGAAAUUUCCUCUGAUCAAUUCCGUGGGGCCCUAGGUUCCUUCAUGCAGCUUUUCAUUGUCACAGGGAUCCUCUACGUCUACGCAAUUGGGCCUUUUGUAUCCUACGUGCAACUGCAGUGGAUAUGUUUGAUCCCACCACUAGCCUUUGCAGCAGGAUUUUUCUUCAUGCCUGAAACGCCAUACUACUACACAGGGAAAGGAGACAAAACCAACGCAGUCAAGUCUCUGCAAUUCCUACGGGGAAAGUCAGCUGAAGGAGUCCAAGAAGAAGCACUAAAAAUACAAGAAGCUGUAGAAGAAGCCAUGAAGAAUAAGGGAACAAUUAAGGAUCUUGUAGGAAACAAGGGGAACCUCAAGGCUCUGAUCAUUUGCGCAGGAUUAAUCUCAUUUCAACAACUUUCUGGAAUCAACGUGGUGCUAUUCUACAGUCAGAUCAUCUUUGCCAAAACCGGAAGUUCUCUCGAACCAGCAAUAGCGACAAUUAUUGUAGGAAUUGUUCAAGUUAUUGCUAGCGGACUGACACCACUUGUAGUGGAUCGUCUUGGACGUAAAAUCAUUCUCUUGGUUUCUGGAGCAGGCAUGGCAGUUUGUCAUGCCCUACUUGGACUCUACUUUUUCCUGGACUACCAAAAAUCCGAAGUUGUACCAAGUAUCGGAUGGCUACCCAUUCUCUCAGUUAUUGGAUUCGUUUCAGUUUACUGCAUAGGAUUCGGGCCACUUCCUUGGGCAGUUUUAGGAGAAAUGUUCCCUGCCAAUGUGAAGUCGAUUGCUUCAUCAAUUGUUGCUUCAACGUGCUGGGUUCUUGGUUUCCUCGUAACCAAGUAUUUCAGUGCAAUGGAUGAGGCUUUGGGGAGUCACUGGGCAUUCUGGAUCUUCGGUAUAUUCUGCUGUGGAGCUUUUGCUUUUACAUUUACAAUUGUUAUGGAGACUAAAGGACUAAGUCUUCAGGAAAUUCAAAACCGGCUAAAUGGUCGUACUGCUACUGACUUUUAAUACCAAAAUAUAAAUUAGAUGACUGUACUAUGUAAUAAGGUGCUAAAUAUAUUUUAAUUUGA